UUCAUUUUCUGCAGGGCUGAACGUAACAACAUGGCGGACAGCAUGCACGCUUCGUAGUGUGAACGUCUUUGCCCAGCUUUGCUUUGAAUUACAAAGGAAGUGAACUGUUUUUCAGGUUUUGUUCUGCAGAGAAACCGCCAUCAUGGCGGCGUGGGUUCAGCCAGGGAUUGCGGGAUUACCGGCUGAAAUCACCGAAGAAAAACUGCAAGAAAAAGCUCGAAAAUGGCAACAACUCCAGUCAAAGCGAUACAGUGAGAAAAGAAAAUUUGGAUUUGUGGAGGCUCAAAAGGAAGAUAUGCCUCCAGAGCAUGUGAGAAAAAUCAUUCGGGAUCAUGGUGACAUGUCAAGCAGAAAAUACAGGCAUGAUAAGCGGGUGUACCUGGGUGCCCUAAAGUACAUGCCCCAUGCAGUGUUGAAGUUGCUGGAGAACAUGCCCAUGCCUUGGGAACAGAUUAGGGAUGUCAAAGUGCUGUAUCAUAUCACUGGUGCCAUUACAUUUGUAAAUGAGAUUCCAUGGGUUGUUGAGCCUGUUUAUUUGGCUCAAUGGGGUACCAUGUGGAUCAUGAUGCGACGUGAAAAGAGAGACAGGAGACAUUUCAAGAGGAUGAGGUUUCCUCCAUUUGAUGAUGAAGAACCACCUUUGGAUUAUGCAGACAAUAUCCUGGAUGUUGAACCCCUGGAGCCAAUCCAGAUGGAGCUGGACCCUGAAGAAGAUGGGAGUGUCUACGAAUGGUUCUAUGAUCACAAUCCUCUCCUUGAUACCAAAAUGAUCAAUGGCUCUUCAUACAGGAAAUGGAACAUUACACUCCCGAUCAUGUCAACAUUGUAUCGUCUGGGCAACCAACUUCUGACAGAUCUUGUUGACGACAACUAUUUUUACCUGUUUGAUCUGAAGGCAUUUUUCACUGCUAAAGCCUUGAAUGUGGCUAUUCCUGGAGGGCCAAAAUUUGAACCUUUAGUGCGAGAUGUGAAUGUCCAUGACGAGGAUUGGAAUGAGUUUAACGACAUCAACAAGAUCAUCAUUAGGCAGCCUGUGAGGACAGAGUACAGGAUUGCAUUUCCUUAUCUGUACAACAGCUUGCCUUACAAAGUGCAUCUUCCCUGGUAUCACCACCCUUCAGUUGUGUACAUUAAAACAGAGGACCCUGAUCUUCCAGCAUUUUACUUUGAUCCUCUUGUGAAUCCAAUUGCCCACAGGCAUGCAGUCAAGACAACAGAGCCCCAACCUGAUGAAGAUGAAGAUUUUGAGCUGCCAGAGGAUAUUCAGCCAUUCUUACAGGAUACACCACUUUACACAGACAACACAGCAAAUGGUAUCUCUUUGCUGUGGGCUCCAAGACCAUUCUGUUUGAGAUCUGCCAGAACUCGUCGAGCAAUUGAUAUACCUUUGGUAAAGACCUGGUAUCGUGAACACUGUCCGUCUGGUCACCCAGUUAAGGUGCGGGUGUCAUAUCAAAAGCUUCUCAAGUGCUAUGUUUUGAAUGCACUUAAACACAGAGCACCCAAAGCACAGAAGAAGAGAUAUUUGUUCCGAUCUUUUAAAGCCACCAAGUUCUUUCAAACUACCACUCUUGACUGGGUGGAGGUUGGGCUUCAAGUUUGUCGCCAAGGUUACAACAUGUUGAACCUACUGAUUCACAGAAAGAACCUCAACUAUCUUCAUCUGGAUUACAACUUCAAUCUGAAACCAGUCAAAACUCUGACGACUAAGGAGAGAAAGAAGUCAAGAUUUGGAAACGCUUUCCAUCUUUGUCGCGAGAUCCUUCGACUCACUAAGUUGGUGGUAGAUUCCCAUGUUCAGUACAGAUUAGGCAAUGUAGACAGCUUUCAGCUUGCUGAUGGCCUGCAGUACAUCUUUGCCCAUGUUGGUCAAUUGACUGGAAUGUACAGAUACAAGUACAAGUUGAUGAGACAGAUCAGAAUGUGUAAGGACAUCAAACAUCUCAUUUACUACAGAUUCAACACUGGACCAGUUGGGAAAGGACCAGGAUGUGGAUUCUGGGCUCCUGGUUGGAGGGUGUGGCUCUUUUUCUUGCGUGGUGUUGUGCCGCUUUUGGAACGUUGGCUUGGCAACCUUCUGGCCAGGCAGUUUGAGGGGCGACACUCUAAGGGAGUGGCCAAGACAGUCACCAAGCAGCGAGUUGAAAGCCAUUUUGACUUGGAGCUCAGAGCUGCCGUUAUGCACGACAUCCUAGACAUGAUGCCAGAGGGCAUCAAACAGAACAAGGCACGUGUUAUUCUUCAGCAUCUAAGUGAAGCCUGGAGGUGCUGGAAAGCCAACAUUCCUUGGAAGGUUCCUGGUCUUCCAACAGCAGUGGAAAACAUGAUCUUACGUUAUGUCAAAGCCAAGGCAGAUUGGUGGACAAACACUGCUCACUACAACAGGGAACGUAUCCGUCGUGGUGCCACAGUGGAUAAGACUGUCUGUAAGAAAAAUCUGGGUCGUCUAACAAGACUUUACCUUAAAGCUGAGCAAGAGAGACAACACAACUACCUGAAGGAUGGUCCAUACAUUUCUGCUGAAGAGGCAGUUGCUAUCUACACCACAACAGUUCACUGGCUGGAGAGUAGGAGGUUCUCGCCGAUCCCUUUUCCACCUCUUUCAUACAAGCAUGACACCAAACUGCUGAUUCUAGCACUGGAGAGGCUCAAGGAAGCCUACAGUGUAAAGAGUCGUUUGAACCAGUCCCAGAGAGAAGAAUUGGGACUGAUAGAACAAGCAUACGACAACCCUCACGAAGCACUCAGCAGAAUCAAGCGUCACUUGCUCACACAGAGAGCAUUCAAAGAGGUUGGAAUCGAGUUCAUGGACUUGUACAGCCACCUCAUUCCAGUGUAUGAUGUGGAGCCACUGGAGAAGAUCACAGAUGCCUACCUUGACCAGUAUUUAUGGUAUGAAGCUGACAAAAGACGUCUGUUUCCUCCGUGGGUAAAACCAGCUGACACAGAGCCUCCACCACUGUUGACUUACAAAUGGUGCCAAGGAAUCAACAACUUGCAGGAUGUGUGGGAGACAUCUGAAGGAGAGUGCAAUGUCAUGAUGGAGUCAAACUUUGACAAGAUGUACGAGAAGAUUGAUUUGACCUUGCUGAAUCGACUUCUGCGACUGAUUGUUGAUCACAACAUUGCUGAUUACAUGACAGCCAAGAACAACAUUGUCAUCAAUUACAAGGACAUGAACCACACAAACUCCUAUGGUAUCAUCCGUGGUCUUCAGUUUGCAUCAUUCAUUGUGCAGUACUAUGGACUGGUUAUGGAUCUGUUGGUGUUGGGUCUACAGAGGGCCAGUGAGAUGGCAGGCCCUCCACAGAUGCCAAACGACUUCCUGACUUUCCAGGAUGUGCAGACAGAGGCUCAACAUCCCAUCAGAUUGUACUCUAGAUACAUUGACAAAGUACACAUUUUCUUCAGGUUUACAGCUGAUGAAGCACGUGAUCUGAUUCAGCGUUAUCUAACAGAGCACCCUGAUCCAAAUAAUGAGAACAUUGUGGGCUACAACAACAGGAAGUGCUGGCCUAGGGAUGCUCGCAUGAGGCUCAUGAAGCAUGAUGUUAAUCUUGGUCGUGCCGUGUUCUGGGACAUUAAGAACCGCCUGCCUAGAUCUGUCACAACACUGAGCUGGGAUGAAAGCUUUGUGUCUGUCUACAGCAAAGACAAUCCAAAUCUUCUGUUCAACAUGUGUGGCUUUGAAUGCCGCAUUCUGCCCAAGUGCCGCACAACGUUUGAAGAAUUCACUCAUAGGGAUGGUGUAUGGAACUUGCAAAAUGAGGUCACUAAGGAGCGAACUGCCCAGUGCUUCCUAAAGGUGGAUGAUGAGUCUCAGCAGAGAUUCCACAACAGAGUGCGUCAGAUCCUCAUGGCAUCAGGCUCCACUACUUUUACUAAGAUUGUAAACAAAUGGAAUACAGCUCUGAUUGGCUUGAUGACAUACUAUCGGGAAUCAGUUGUCAACACCCAGGAACUAUUGGACUUGCUGGUCAAGUGUGAAAAUAAGAUCCAGACACGUAUCAAGAUUGGUCUGAACUCCAAGAUGCCCAGUCGUUUUCCCCCUGUCGUGUUUUACACUCCUAAGGAGCUGGGUGGCCUUGGUAUGCUCUCCAUGGGUCAUGUUCUCAUUCCGCAGUCAGAUCUCAGGUGGUCACAACAAACAGACGCAGGGAUUACUCACUUCAGAUCUGGCAUGAGCCAUGACAAAGAUCAGCUGAUCCCUAACUUGUACAGGUACAUUCAGCCAUGGGAGAGUGAGUUCAUUGACUCUCAGAGGGUUUGGGCUGAGUACGCUUUGAAACGACAAGAAGCUAAUGCUCAGAAUAGACGUUUGACCCUUGAAGAUUUGGAGGACUCAUGGGACCGUGGAAUCCCUCGUAUCAACACCCUGUUUCAAAAGGACAGACACACCCUUGCCUAUGACAAGGGAUGGAGAGUUAGAACAGAUUUCAAACAGUAUCAGGUUCUCAAACAGAAUCCCUUCUGGUGGACACACCAGCGACACGACGGCAAACUUUGGAACCUGAACAACUACCGGACAGACAUGAUCCAAGCCCUUGGAGGUGUGGAGGGUAUCCUGGAACACACACUCUUUAAAGGAACAUACUUCCCCACAUGGGAAGGUCUGUUCUGGGAGAAGGCCAGUGGAUUUGAAGAAUCCAUGAAGUACAAGAAACUGACCAAUGCACAGCGAUCUGGUUUGAAUCAGAUCCCCAACAGAAGAUUCACUCUUUGGUGGUCACCGACAAUUAACAGGGCUAAUGUUUACGUUGGUUUCCAGGUUCAGCUUGACCUGACAGGAAUCUUCAUGCACGGCAAGAUUCCAACACUGAAGAUCUCACUCAUUCAGAUCUUCAGAGCUCACUUGUGGCAGAAAGUUCACGAGAGUGUUGUCAUGGACUUGUGUCAGGUGUUCGACCAAGAACUAGAUGCUCUUGAGAUAGAGACGGUUCAGAAGGAGACCAUUCAUCCCCGUAAGUCCUACAAGAUGAACAGCUCAUGCGCCGAUAUCCUGUUGUUUGCUGCGUACAAGUGGAACGUCUCCAAACCUUCCCUCUUGGCUGACUCCAAUGACAUCAUGGACAGCACCACGACCCAGAAGUACUGGGUAGAUGUACAGCUCCGUUGGGGAGACUACGAUUCCCACGACAUUGAAAGAUACGCACGCGCAAAAUACCUUGACUACACUACUGACAACAUGAGUAUCUACCCCUCCCCUACUGGGGUGCUCAUCGGUAUUGACUUGGCUUACAAUCUUCACAGUGCUUUUGGUAACUGGUUCCCUGGUGUGAAACCCCUCAUCCAACAGGCCAUGGCUAAGAUCAUGAAAGCCAAUCCUGCACUGUACGUAUUGAGAGAGCGAAUCAGGAAAGGUCUUCAGCUGUACUCCAGUGAACCCACCGAGCCUUACCUGUCUUCACAGAACUAUGGAGAGCUUUUCUCCAAUCAGAUCAUUUGGUUUGUGGACGACACCAAUGUCUACAGAGUGACCAUUCACAAGACGUUUGAAGGUAACUUGACCACAAAGCCAAUCAACGGCGCCAUCUUUAUCUUCAAUCCUCGCACGGGACAGCUUUUCCUCAAGAUCAUCCACACCUCCGUGUGGGCGGGACAGAAACGUUUAGGACAGUUGGCCAAGUGGAAGACAGCCGAAGAAGUGGCAGCCUUGAUUCGUUCACUGCCAGUCGAAGAGCAGCCUAAACAGAUCAUUGUAACAAGAAAUGGAAUGCUUGAUCCUCUUGAGGUAUAGUAGAGACAAAAUGCUUGUCGAGAAAACUUGUCUAAGUGUUACCCAGAGGAAAU